AUGACCUCGACGGCAAACUCAUAUGAUGCGCCCAGUGCGUUGGGGAAUGGCAUAUUCGUGAUAAACAGGGCGAGGAUAUACAUCGUUGUAUCGCUGAUAUUUACUUGGACCCUCGCACAUCUCAUUCCGCGAUACAAAGAAACCGUGACGGGUUAUGCCAAAGAUAAAGUGAAUGAUGCUAUAGAGCAUCUUCCUGCGGUCAAAGUCGAUUGGCAUCCAGCAUACGAUCCGAAGACACAGUUCAAUGCCUCGAAAGUCGCCCUUCUUAUCGAAGGUCGCCCUAUUCCUCACCUCGUUCCUCAGAUCCUACAUAUGAUAUCCGUAGUCCCUACAGAUUGGCGAUUCGUCUUCAUCGGAACCAACAAAAGCGUCAUCAGCGUCUCCAGGAGUUUUGCGACGCAAUUCCAGGAAGCAAACGGGAAGCUAGAUAUGAUUGUCCUGCCGAAACCCUGGAAGCUCGAAAGCAAGGAGGAUGUUUACAGACUCAUGACGGAUAUGCGUUUCUACGACGAAUUCCUUCCUGGUGUAGAGUGGAUGCUCAAGUACGAAUCUGACAGUAUCAUGUGUGGAAGAUCAAGUGAUUCAUUGGAGGAUUGGCUCGAGUUUGACUGGGCUGGCGCCCCAAGACAUGCCAAUGACAGAUUUGCCGGGAAUGGAGGGCUAUCACUUCGUCGUGUUUCCGCGGUCAAGAGAGUUCUUAAAUUUCAAAAGCGACAUAACGAUACCGAGCCGGAGGACGAGUGGUUCGGAAAACGCUUGACUGUUAUGCCAGGUGCGAAAGUAGCAACAGGUGCACAAGAAGAUCAUUUUGCCGUCGAAGACGUAUAUCACGAGAAACCGAUGGGCUACCAUGCUCGAGAUGGAAGCGAUCAUCUAUCUGACGAUGUGUGGAAAGAUCCUAUCAAGCGGAAAAAGAACUUUGAUUAUUGCCCGGAACUGGCAAUUAUUAUGCCGAUGAAAUUGGAGCGUGAGAGAUGCGAGGGAGACAAUAAAAAAGGAGACAUCAUCGCAAGUGGCAGCACAGCCAAGGCAACACCAAAGUGA